AUCGGUAAUGGAGAGUGUCUCAUUACAAAUGAAUCAUAUCUUAAACCAUUUUACUUCGCAUGAUUUUUUCUUAAGAUUUUUAAUUUCAACUGGAUUUAAUCAUUCGAUAUUAUUGGAUUUUAUAAUUUCAAAUGAAACAAAUUUUUUAGAAUUUCUUUUAAAAUAUUGCAAAUAUCUUGAACAAGAUAUUUCUCAAUUUUUUAUUAUAUGUAAAAAAUUUGACAAAAAAAAUUCAGAAAUGGAGAAUUGUGCUGAACAAGUACUAAGAGUUUUUAAUUGUUUGAUUCAAUCAAUACAAUCAUUAAUGGAAAAAAAAUUGUUUCCUUAUAAUGCCACUUCUUUAAUUAAAAGAUUAAAGAAAGUUGAAUUAUGCUUAAAAGAGGUAAUAUAUAACAAUUAAAUUUGUUUAAUAAAAUAUUAAAAAAUUUAAACUCUUAUAAUUAUAAUAAAAUUUAUAAUUACAACAAUUUCAAUAAUU